CAAUAACCGGAAGUGGGUAUUAGCGUGCAAAGUUGCUAGUGUAGGUUGUGCUUUCAAGACUUAGGUUAACUAAAAGCGAAAGUAACCAAAGACGACAAUGGCAGACCCUGAGAGAUUUGACGGGAUGCUUCUCGGCAUGGCCUCACAAUGUGAAGGAGGUGUUCAAGAGUUGCUGGAUGUGCUCUUCAAUUUCUUGUCGAGGAAAACCGACUUCUACAUGGGUGGUGGGGAAGGAGCAGCCGAGAAGAUGAUUCAGGAGAAGUUUAAGAAGUACCAGUCUCAAGCUGAAGCCAAGGCUGCUGAGGUCAAAGCAGAGAAGGAGGCCGAAGAGAAACGCAGACAAGAGAAAAUAGCAAGACGGAAAGCUACAGAGGAGAAAGAACAGGAAGGUCAGAAAGAGGAACCUAAAAUCAAAGAACUGACUGAUGAAGAGGCUGAGAAAUUACAGAAAGAAAUUGCACAGAAGUCCAAGCCGGCUGAAAGCACUGAAGUUAAUGGUGAAUCGAAGAAAGAUGAUAGCGGGAGUGGUGACAAGGAGUCUGAUGAUGAUGAUGAGGAUGAAAAGGACAAAGGCAAGCUGAAACCCAACUCUGAAAAUGGAGCUGACAUGGAGCAUUAUCGCUGGACCCAGACGCUGGAGGAAGUUGAGAUAAAGAUUCCGUUUGAUGUUAAGUUCAAUCUCAAGGGGAAAGAUUUGGUUGUAGACAUUCAGAAAAAGCACCUAAAGGCAGGCCUGAAAGGUCAGCCCCCUGUUAUUGAUGGAGAGUUGUACAACAGUGUCAAGAUGGAGGAGUCCACCUGGGUCAUCCAGGACAAGAAAGUACUGGUCAUCAACAUAGAGAAGAUUAACAAGAUGGAAUGGUGGAGUCGAAUUGUCACAACAGACCCAGAAAUAAACACAAAGAAAGUGCAACCAGAGAAUUCGAAGCUGUCUGACCUGGAUGGAGAGACGCGGGCGAUGGUGGAGAAGAUGAUGUUUGAUCAGAGACAGAAAGAGAUGGGGUUACCCACAUCAGAUGAGCAGAAGAAACAGGAUAUCCUCAACAAGUUCAUGACACAACAUCCUGAAAUGGACUUCUCCAAGUGCAAAUUUACAUGAUAAACACUGCUGAUAACUCAACCAUCUCAAAUGUGAUCAACAACUCCUUGUUUCGUGUACAUACAGAUCAACAACACAUUUCCAUUUUACACCAAUUUUUGUAUGAAAACUGUCUUUGUGUUGUGACGGAAAAACCAGCUGUUCACCAGCAUUUGUAUUGAACGUGUUGUUUCAGUGGUCACCCCCUCAAAUGCAUACCAUUCCUUUAACAUGUUUAUGUCGUCUUCAUUUUCUGAAUAAGACUCACAUUAAAUACGGUAGAUAUGACAAUGUUUGUGAUACAUUUUGGUUUAUGUAGAACCAGUGAUAAUGGAUAUUUUAUGCAGUCUAACUUCGUGGUUUUGAUAUUUUGGAGAUUUGUUACAAUAUAUUUGUUGUCCGUUUUGUUAUUCAUGACUUUGAUCAGACACUGAAAUAUCGAAGUCACACAAAGCAAUUAACCAACCACAGCUGAAAACCAUGUUCAGAAAAAAUUAUCAAUUAUAUUUUCCAACUGCUCUAUCUUACAUUGUCUUAAAUCAUGUUAAAUGCUUGGAAAAAAAAGGUACAACUGCUAUAAUGAUGCAAACUAAGUUUCAAUAUCAAAUGCAUCGUAUGUUUUACACUGAGAUAUAAACAUGAAAAUUCCUGCCCUCUUUUAUCCCAAUCAACUGGAUGACAAAUAUAACUGAAAAAUUAAUUACGUUUAAAUUUGACCAUGUUGACCAAUCCACGUUAAUAAGUCAGCUAAAGGUCUUAAACACACUAUGAACAUGCUGUGAGGGAACUCAAAUUAUUGAUGUUUGUUUCAUGAGUGUUGAUAAAACUCUUUGGUAUGGCCAUGUUUUUUUUAUAAAGACAAGGAAAGGUUACCAUGGUUACAGUACGCAUGCUUUUCACCACUCAGUUCCAGACAGGUACCAUACAUUUAUAUUUAAAUGUAGAAAAUUUCCGAUGGAGAUUAUUACCAAUGUAGUAUUGUGGGCCAAUGCUGUGUAGUGUAUGAAGAGUGUGUGACCAGUAGUUGUCCAGCAAGUCACGUGAUCAUGAUGUCCCUGUACUAUGUUCUUGUUUCGUUACUGUAUAUAUUAUUGCAGAGUGGUGUUCCAUAUCAAUACACCAUUAUCUCACAACAGGAGUGAGUGAUGACUCUGGACUGUCAAAUAUUCACAGUGAGAUUGAGAAAAUCCUUCAUCGAUGAAGCUGUUGAUUGAACAUUCAUAAAAGUUUCUUUGUCAUUUCAUCAGUAAUAAAUGGUUUCAAUCAUCA